UGGUAAUUUCCCGCACCGCUACACCACAAAAAUGGGGAGCGUUUGGGUAACACCGAAGAGUACAUGAGGGGAUCAUUAAUACAAGGUGGGUUACUGGUCUGUGGCGCCGUUAGCGUUUGUGACGGAGGUGGCUUGGUGGCUAUGCUGAGGCCAGCUGGUUUGGUUCCACGUGAGAACUGAGUCCUGGCUCAUAUCUUAUCUUCCCUCCCCAAUCAUGUCCAACCCUCAGCAGGUGCUUGGAGAUCCAUCUGCACCCCAAAGUACUCUCACGGAAGGAAUGACUAUUCAAGUAGGGUGUGCAGCUCUUGCGCGCAUGUUUCAUUCUGAAGAUGACAACGAUCACAUUACGCGAAUGUUACCGGUUGUCUGGUCCAUCGUCAACGGCGCUCUCGGUAGUUCCAAGGGUCAGGACAUAGAUAAACGUCUUAGAGACAAUUCCGAAUUCGGUGCUUACAUCAUGAGUGACGAAAGGAAGGGUGAGCGAGAACUUGUCGAUUUGCUGAGAAGCAUGGCGAACAACGAGGUACCCUGGCGCGAUUUAUUUAAAAAUGAAGCGUUUCUAAUGUCUGAGCUAGAGACUAACCUUGUGAAGAACAAAGCUCUCGCUACCACACUCGCAUGGAAUAGUAUAUUCGAAGGCGACCUAGCAAAUGUGCUUUUUAUGACCAUCGCAGAUUACCUGGACAAGGACAAAGAUUCCUACAUAAGGGUCACCAACAUCAUAAAUUCAGCCGGAACUGGCAAGUCCCGGGUGGUGGAUCAACUUGGCACGGAAAUUAUCGUGGUACCAAUGUGUUUACGUCAGGGAAGCGAAGGGUUCCCUCCUCCUGAUAGAAUACUGCGUGAUUGGUUUGUUUCUGUGAAGAGGGAUAGGGCUAGUGUACAGAAGAAACUAUCUGGAUUCGCAUAUUCUCUCUUUGUAGUCACUCUCCAGAAAUUGGUGACCAUCGAGUCAGAGAACAAAGACAUACGGAAGUUACCUCCUCUUACUGCAUCCGCUACAAAAUCGCGAAAAAUUCCGAAAGAAUAUGUGCCAUUGGUGGUAGAUCGCCACAAGAGAUUGGCAUCUGCCUUCCGUAAGUAUAUGACUACAGGACAAACAUACUUCACUUCGAAUCCCGAUCGAGAAACUUUUUACAAAGAAGUAAUCGAGUUGGUUGAGAAGUUUGCGAAAGACAACAAACAAGUUAGCAACAAAAAUGGAGCUGAGCAUCGCCGGCACAUUUCCGAAGGCAAGGACCCACGAGAGGCAGGCGAGAGGCUCUGUCGCUUCAUCGAUGAGUACAAGGCUUUGGAGUCAGCCAAAGGCCCACAACGGCCACUGGUCGUUCUCGCUUUCGAUGAGGCUCAUGUCUUCACUGAUAAUCUGCCAAAUCAAAAAGGCUGGAAUCUGUUCUCGGAGCUGCGUCGAAUUCUACAACAAAUCCGUGGCCUCCCAAUAUUUUCACUGUUUCUUUCGACAGCAGGACGGUCCAAUAAGUUCUCCCCAGAGAUUCGUUCUGAUCUAUCAGCUCGGGCCAGGCGACUCGACUACCGUCCCCUGGAUCCGAUUUGCGAAAUCAGCUUUGAUGAUAUUGCGUACCCAACAUUGAAGGGUACUGUCACAAUAGACAGAGUGGUAGAAACUGAUUGGAUUUCCCAUCUUGGUCGCCCAUUAUUCGGGUCUUAUUGGGACGAGCUGCCAAUGCAAUACAAAAAUGAGCAAAUGAUUAUGGACUAUGCAAAGCAAAAGCUGCUGUGCGGUCCGACUCAGCUGACAGACGACCCGGCUGGUACUCUGGCCUGCCUUUCCCAACGUUUCGCGCUGGAGUUCAAUAUGGGCGUUUCAGCUCGUGAUGUAAGCUACGUACAGGUUGAACGGCAUAUGCGACUCUGCAUCGCAGCGACUGCUGGACUCGAAAACAUGAUUACCAUUCCUGGGUCCGAACCACUUCUAGCCGAGGCUGCCUAUCAGUUGAUGAAAGAUACAAAGAAGAAUGCGGUGCGCCAUCUGGCCAAUCAUUCGGAUUUGAACUGUAUCGACCGUGGACGGCGUGGUGAACUGGUCGCGGCCCUGUUGAUCAUGCAAACAUACGAUGCAGCACGGGCGAUUAGUGGUAGAAGAUGGGUGUCUGUGGCCAACUUCAUGGAGGCCUUACUUCCGACGUCGAAUUAUGAGAUGCUUCUUCUGUCUGGGCCGACGUCUUGGCCCAUCGGAGAAGGGACCCUGAAACGCGACACAUUUAAGGCGAUAUUCAAGGACUAUGGCAUGUGGUUUAACCACGUCAUCAAAAUUGAGAGAAAGGAAAUGUUCUCGAUCGACCAUCUUUGGAAAUUUGUUACGCGUGGGGCGAUGAUAUUGUGUGCGACUAAUCAAGGAGGCAUUGACAUUAUUUUGCCUGUUUGUCACACGACAAAGAAUCUUGGUCCUCAUUCUGUGACAGCCGUAGUCAUUCAGGUGAAGAAUGCGCAGGAUCAUAAGGCAACACUCAACCCAUCGUUGUUCAAUGCGAUGGAUUCGGUCGUCAAAACGGCUAUAUUCUCCAUGCUCAAUGUCGACCCCGUCCCCGACUCCGAGUCAACCAUGGAGAAGCCGAAGACUGCAGAGCGGGGGGAGCCCAAGAAAAAGAAAAGGAAGGUGUCCUCUAAGAGACCAAAGAAGGUGAUUCUGGUGCCCGAAAAGGUGCAUUCGAAGCCGGUUAUCCGAGUAGUAUUCGCCUUGGCUUCUCCAGAGCCUGCCAUAAUCUUCAGGGAGAGGCCCGAGGUGAUGCAUCAUGUGGACGGAUUUACUACCUUCGAUAUCUGGCUUGCGGGCCUCUCGCCCAAAACGUUCAAGCAGAUUGAAGAAGCAGAUCUGCAAUCAUACAAAAGACUUCUGGAACGUUCACUUAUGCCUCAUGAUGGAUUCAAAUUGAAGGAUGAGCCAACUGUAGGCAAGAAAGCAAGAGGGGCUUGCAGGCGGAGGAUGGCACCAUUGACCCUCCCAGGGCGUAGCCAUCAUGGUAUUCACCUCCCAGGAGCAGGCAGUGAAUUGAUGUUUUGCUAGUAACCACUAUAAGUAUAUACAGCAUCUUGGU